CUACUCUCCAACUUUACCAGAUUGUCUCACAAUAAGUGCGCCACGACAGCAAAAAUGGCAACCUCUGUGGAUGCAAAGCUUCUAAAAUCUACCAAGUUUCCGCCAGAAUUCAAUCUGAAGGUGGACAUGCAAAAGGUCAAUGCUGAGGUGAUGAAGAAGUACGCUAUCCCAAGCUCCGCAUACAAGCUCGCGAAUCAUGUUGCUAAUGUGUUGGCAGAUGGAUUGCAAGUAAGAUAUCAGGAAUCCUGGGGAAUGAAGAUGAUGUGGUCAUUGAAUUAUGCUACAAUCUGAUUGAAGGUGCCCGAUUCGUGAGUUCUACUACCUUCCGAGGGUUCACGUCCUGAGCUAAUGGUCUCCAGCCGGAUAUCAAGACGAUGCAGAUACAGCUUACGGGGUUCCUGGAUAAGGAUACUGCGAGCUUCUGUAAGGAAUUGUGGAAGUUGUGUUUGAGCGCGCAGAGUAAUCCGCAGGGCGUUCCGAAGGAGUUACUCGAGGCCAAGAAGUUGGAACUGAUUCAGGAAAAGGUACUUCCAUCUCCCUCUGAGACUUCCAAUUCAUUUCUAUACUAACUCGUAUCUAGAUUGAAGCAGAGAAAUCCGCAGAAUUAGCCCGCAAGCGUCGCGACGAUGAACAAACUCGAGAGCGCGACAUUAAUACAAUCCGGAACCGGGAAAGGCGAGAUCGUGGUCGCGGAGGACCAGGUCCAAGGGUUGAUAGCUGGAGAGGCGGUCGAGGAGGACGUGGUGAUGAUAGGAAUCGGGACUUUGAUCGAGGGCCUACUCGAAGAGACAUGGAUCGUCGUGCUCCGCGAUAUUCAAGAUCUCCAAGGCGCCGUCCUGAUUCCAGAGAUCGCUCCUUCCGACCUCCUCUUCGAGAAGCUGAUACCUAUGUGCCUCGUGGACGUGGAGUACCUAGACGCGAUGACCGACGAGAUAUCAGAAGGGGAAUUUCUCGCUCACCUUCACAUAGUCGCUCAAUUUCAAACUCGCGCUCCCGAUCUCCACCUCGACGUCGUUAUCGUUCACCAUCCAGAUCUAGUUCUCCGCCUCGAAGACGCAGAUCCAGAUCCAGAUCUCGGACUAGAUCACCAGAUAGACGAACCACAUAUAGAGGACGGGGCGGAAGAGGUAGAGCUAGAAGUCCAGAUCGUGGGAACCGUCGUCGGAGAUCACCAACUUUGUCUGACAGCUCACGUUCACAAUCUCCUCGACCCUCCAAGAGACGAAGGGCUACUUCUGAAUCAAUCAGCCGUUCCCCACCACCAAGAAGAGCACGUCGGAGAAGUUCUAGUUCAGUACCGAGUUCCAGAUCAAAAUCUAGACCCAGAUCUGUAUCGAGAGCGAGAACCAGGCCUGGCUCUAUUUCUCGGUCACCCAGCCGUAGCCCUAUUCGCAAAACAACCGACAGUAGAGACAUAAGCCCUACGCCGGACGAUAGAGAGACAGGGACUCCUGCUCGUAAGAGUGUUGAAAAUGACGAACGACGGCUAACUCGAAGCAACAGCCGUAGCACAACCCCCCCUCGACGAAGAUGCCGUAGUUCAACAAGAAGUUCUAGCAGAGGUGGGAGAGACCGAAAACGUCGCCGUUCGAUGGAAAGAUAUGAACCGGCAAAGAGGCGACGAAACACUUCCUCUGUUUCUUCACGAGGCCCGCCGCCAAAAGCCAAAAGAGCUGAAUCCGAUGACCGGAGUGACCGUGUUUCCCCACCAAGUGCUGCUGAAGAGAAGGAAGAAGAACGAGUAGCUGUACCGGAAGAGGUUGGUAGUGCUUCAUAAUAUAUAAUGAAGCAUCGCUUUUCUACUCAGCGGCAUGGGGGAAAAGUUUAUAUUUUGGAGGGAAAAGAUUGACAUGCUUGAUAAUGGCUGACUUUCGGAUGAAUAACCAGUUGAAGAGUCCACAACAACAAGCCAACGAGCUUCGCGAGAAGCUGCUGAAGGAGAAGAUCAAGAAGAUGAGAAAAUCUAGUAUGGAAUCCCUGGAGAAAGGCUCAGGCUAA